UGCGCUACAGCCGACUCAGUGCGAAGCGAGCCGUGCAUCGGGUCUGUGUUGGCAGCCCUCGCAACUUUCGGAACCACGACUUCGACUCGCGAUACAGAACUUUCGUGACUUUGUUACAACAAAUAUGGAGAAGUAAGAACUGAUAAUGACACUCGCUGAAGAAUUUCACAAGCAAAUGGAGUUUUGAGUGAAAAACUUGUUCAGUGUUGUGAGAUUGUGGAUAGCGGAUUUGUUCAGAUCGAUGCAAUUAUGACUUUUAGGUGAUUUUAAAGUUGGCUCAUAUGUAGGUAACCAGAAGGGUAUGCAUAAUCGACAUACGCGAUAACCCAAGAUGCGAAGAUCAAGGCGGGCAACAAAACUGCGGAGUGGCGAUAGAUGGCAGCACAGAGCAGUGACGCGCUGAAACAAAAUGGCGGCGGGUGCGCACACGCGAGGAGGCGGACCUCUCGCUCGACUUCUAGUUUUGGCCAUAUUACACGUCAAUUUUCUCGCUUUAGGUCUGGAGCCCGACUUCCUAUACCCCCUGGAGAACGUGACCAUAGCGCAAGGUCGAGACGCCAUGUUCACCUGUGUGGUGAAUAACCUGGGUGGUUACAGGGUGAGUGGCGACUCCGCCACUGCCAGGGUAGCGUGGAUCAAAGCGGACACAAAGGCGAUCCUGGCGAUCCACGAGCAUGUGAUAACGAACAAUGCGCGGCUGAGCGUCACACACAACGACUACAAUACUUGGACGCUGAACAUUAGGGGGGUCAAGCGGGAGGACCGAGGACAAUACAUGUGCCAAGUUAACACUGACCCGAUGAAAAUGCAGACCGCGUUUUUAGAGGUGGUUAUACCCCCGGAUAUAAUAUAUGAAGAAACGUCAGGGGACAUGAUGGUGCCAGAAGGGGGUUCCGCCAAGUUGGUCUGCAAGGCAAGAGGGUAUCCUCCUCCCAAAAUUAACUGGCGUCGGGAAGACGGAGGGGACAUCAUUUCGAGAGGAGGACCACAGGGAAAAACUAAAGUAACAUCAAUAGAGGGCGAAAUCGUAAACCUUACGAAAGUGACGCGAUCAGAGAUGGGCGCGUACCUCUGCAUCGCCGCCAACGGAGUGCCCCCCUCUGUCAGUAAGAGGAUAAUGCUGCAUGUACAUUUUCAUCCCCUGGUGCAAGUGCCGAACCAGCUGGUAGGAGCGCCAACCGGCACUGACGUCACUCUCCAGUGCCACGUCGAAGCCUCGCCCAAGGCCAUCAACUAUUGGACCAGGGAAAAUGGUGAAAUGAUAAUAUCCAACGACAAGUACCAGAUGAGCGAGAUCAACAGCUCAGCGUACAGCGUCCAGAUGCGACUCAUAGUCCGUAACAUACAGCGCAGUGACCUGGGCGGGUACAAGUGUAUAUCUAAGAACUCUAUAGGGGAUGCUGAGGGCAACAUUAGAUUGUACGAAAUGGAGCUGCCGCAUCGGAAAUCUAGAGAUGAAGAUGAGCGCAGCAAUUCCCUGGAGGAGACAAACGACGUGCGCUCCAGUCUCCAGGGCCCGCUCAGGGAAGGUGGGCCCCGAGGUGAGGACGCGGGCUUCUUCGGUGGGGCGCCCCCUACCGCGGGCUCGACCCGCAACGUACCCCACACAAUCUUUUUAAUAUUGGCCGUUGUCUACGCCGCGUAAACUUUGCCCUUAAACCAUGCGAAGUUAGUAACGCCGUAGUUUGGGGAAAACAGGCAGCUCGAAGCAUCCAAACUCUACUGAAACGCGAUAAAUGGCUUCAUAAGACGGGGGAGAAAACAUUUUUCUUUCUUGUUUUCAGAUUACAUAGGUUUCACAACUUGUAUCUUGACACACAAUAAAAACCAAAGACAUCACUUGACAAGUACCUAACGUCGCUAACUUUUAUGUGAUUAAAAAUUACGGAUCAAACUUUCCAAUGGAAAACUAGCUGAGUUUUCAAGAAUUCAGGGAAGUGUUAUAAAGAAGUUAUCUUUUUUCAAUUGAAUUACGGGUCAGUACCGAAUUUUGUUUCGAUGUUUCUUGUAACGGAUAGAAAAUGAGCUGUCUGUUUAACUCAGAUUGUGGCAGCGUGUAACAUCACAUAUUUAUUAUUGUUCUUCCGAGUUCAGACAUGAUUUUCUCGUCUCGCCGAGUGAAUAUUGUCCGUACGUAUAUCUCAAUAUUGCUAAUAAUUUGACGUUGCGCAAGGCGUAUGUUCAGCAAUUAGAUGGUGUAAUUUAUAUCGAGAGAUUGACUGGAACAUAGUAUCGACUAGAUGGUCAAACUAACGUAGUUAAUGUCCUGGUGGAAAUUGACGUAACUGUGAGUAUCAUAGAUAAAUAAUGAACCAAGCUUCUGAUUGUAAAUGCUUAUAAGUACAUUAAUCUGUAUCCAUUAUGUAAAUUCUGUGUAACUGGACUUCUAGUGAAUUUAUUUAUUGGCAUUUCUUGUUAACAACGUAUAAUUUAAUAUUUACACAAUAACGUUGAAUUUAUUUAUUAAAAUAAAACUAUUAAUGUAAAUAAUAUAACAAUUUUGGUACUGUAUUUUGUAAUUUAAAAUUCUUAUUUGAAACUAUGUUAGUCACAUUUGCAGAUUGUUUAAAUACUGAUUCUGAAAUAGAUAUUCUGUUUAUUCAACAGAUUUUUUAUAAUGCUAAGGAAAUGUAACUUGAAUAGCGUUACUCAUUUAAUAUAAAUAUAUUUAUAAGUCAAAUGCGAAAGUUUACUGUAUGUCGUAGCGUUGUAUAUUAAAAUAAUAAUUAUGAACCGUUAAAGUGUACAUGUACAUAUAUUGUAGUUAUAGGUAUAUCGUCGAAUUUGCUUGUUAUAUAAUAAUAAAAUCCUUGACAUUCUGUUUCUUUAAUCUUUGCGAUGUAAUGAAAUUCCUCGCAUUCUUUGGUUUCACAUUAAAUUUAAUCUAUGUACAUUCUAAAAAUAUGUUGAAACAAUUAGGGUAUUUUGUAAAUUGUUAAUGUUUUAAUAUUGUUGAAUUUAAAGAUCAAUUAUUUAUAAACUAAUUAAUAUGCCCGUUGAGUAGAUAUUUAGUUACGACGUAAUUUUAAGGGAUGGUUUUGAAAAAUACAAUUCAUCUAGAUUUUGAAAACCCGAAUAUAAUUUUUUCAUGUAAUGAGUAUAAUGUAACAACUCAGUCAGUUUUUAUAUAACAGCCUUAUAUAAAUGUAUGAUAUCGCCUGCGAAACAAUAUAAACGAAGUA